CAUUAUCACCCUCUACAUCUUAUCUUCAAACAGGUGGAGUUUCAGCAUGCAGCAGUACUGAGGAUGCUGAUUGUCUUAGCUUUGCUCGUGAUGGCUGCGACCGGUGAAGCUGAGGUCUGCACAGGCACUGACAACUGCUCCAACUCCAAUGGCUCCAAGGACUUCUGCUAUUCGGCCCGGAUCCGCAGCACCGUGCUCCAGGGCCUGCCCUUUGGAGGAGUGCCCACCGUACUUGCCCUUGACUUCAUGUGCUUCUUGGUGCUGCUAUGUGUGUUCUCUUUCUUGAGGAAGGUGGCAUUUGAUUAUGGCCGUCUUGCAUUGGUCUCUGAUGCUGACAGCCGUAGGCAGAAUCCACAGUAUCAACGUCUGGACGAUCAGGAGGAAUAUGUGGGCUCCGCCAUGCAGACGCCUGCUGACUCCCGAUACGAGCGUCUCACCUCUGUGUCCAGCUCACUCGACUUUGAGCAAAGGGACAAUGGCUUGUGUUCCUGGCUAACCGCCAUCUUCAGGAUAAAAGAUGACGAGAUCAGGGAGAAGUGCGGUGAGGAUUCUGUGCACUACCUCUCAUUCCAGCGGCACAUCAUUGGUCUGUUGGUAGUGGUAGGUGUGCUCUCCGUGGGCAUCGUCCUGCCCGUCAACUUCUCAGGAGACCUGUUAGAAAAUAAUGCCUACAGUUUUGGGCGAACUACAAUAGCCAACUUAAAAUCUGGUAAUAAUCUGCUAUGGCUGCACACUACAUUUGCCUUCUUAUAUCUGUUACUGACUGUGUACAGCAUGAGGAGACACACAUCAAAGAUGCACUACAAGGAGGAUGACUUGGUGAAACGCACUUUAUUCAUUAACGGGAUCACAAAAUAUGCAGAAGAGAGUCAAAUAAAGCAGCAUUUCGAGAAAGCAUAUGAAAACUGUUUGGUUCUGGAUGCUCGCAUUUGUUAUGAUGUUGCCAAACUUAUGUCCCUGGAGUCUGAAAGAAAAAAGGCAGAGCGCAGCAAAAAGUUCUACACCGACCUGAUGGCCAGGGAGCACAUGCCCACUAUGAUUAACCCCAAACCCUGCGGCCACCUCUGCUGCUGCAUCAUCACGGGCUGCGAGCAGGAAGAGGCUGUGAACUAUUACACCAAGCUCGAGGCCAAACUGAAGGACGAAUACAGAAAAGAACGAGAAAAAGUCAACACUAAACCUCUGGGAAUGGCUUUUGUGACCUUCCAGAAUGAAGCAAUGACUGCCCUCAUCCUGAAAGAUUUUAAUGCAUGUCAGUGUCACGGCUGUCACUGUCGACGAGAGCCAAAGUGCUCCCCCUUCAGCGGCCUUCUCAACACAUACAACUGGACGGUCACAUAUGCUCCAGAUCCACUGAACGUUUACUGGGAGCAUUUGUCCACUGGUGGCCUCAAGUGGUGGCUCCGCUGCUUUAUCAUCAACUGCUUUCUCUUCCUCUUGCUCUUCUUCCUCACCACCCCUGCCAUCAUCAUCUCCACCAUGGACAAGUUCAACGUCACCAAACCCGUGGAGUACCUGAACAACCCCAUCGUCACUCAGUUCUUCCCCACCCUGCUGUUGUGGUGCUUCUCGGCCCUUCUCCCCACAAUCGUCUACUACUCUGCCUUCUUUGAGGCCCACUGGACACGAUCUGAAGAGAACAGAACAACCAUGCACAAGUGCUACACCUUCCUCAUCUUUAUGGUUCUGCUGCUGCCGUCUCUAGGACUGAGCAGUCUGGAUGUUUUUUUCCGCUGGCUCUUUGACAAGAAAUUCCUUGACGAGGCAAAAGUCCGAUUCGAGUGUGUCUUCCUUCCAGAUAAUGGAGCUUUCUUUGUGAACUAUGUCAUUGCAUCUGCCUUCAUUGGUAACGCCAUGGACCUGUUGCGCAUUCCUUAUUUUCUUAUGUACAUGAUCCGGCUGUGUCUGGCACGUUCAGCAGCCGAGAGGCGCAACGUGAAGAAGCAUCAAGCUUAUGAGUUCCAGUUUGGAGCUGCUUAUGCCUGGAUGAUGAAUGUCUUUACUGUGGUCAUGACCUACAGCAUCACCUGUCCAAUUAUUGUGCCAUUUGGACUGAUGUACAUGCUACUGAAGCACCUGGUGGACAGGUAUAACAUGUAUUAUGCCUACCUGCCCUCCAAGCUGGAUAAGAAAAUCCACUCUGGAGCUGUCAACCAGGUGGUGGCAGCACCCAUCCUCUGCCUCUUCUGGCUGCUCUUCUUCUCUACUGUCCGUACAGGUUUUGUUGCUCCAACAUCGAUGUUUACCUUUGUGGUUCUGAUCAUCACCAUCAUCAUUUGCCUCUCCCAUGUCGUCUUCGGUCACUUCAAAUACCUCAGUGCGCACAAUUACAAGGUCGAUAUGGACGGUGUAGACAAUGGACGACAACCAGAUUCAUCUCCACCUGUCAAGUCUGUUCAGACGUACGUCGCCCAAGUGCUACAGGACCCAAACACAGACGAGACAGGAAGCGGUGAGGACGAGGGGCAGGGGUUGUCACAGGGUGAGGAGGGGGUGAAUGAUGGUGAUUUCCAAUCAGGAGAGGACAGCCUUAUUGAGAACGAGGUGCACCAGUGACCCAGGCAGGGCCACGCCAUGUGCUCAACUUGGCAGGACUUUAACAUGACCAAACAGAGAUCCACUACACCGCUACACCUCACUUCACUUCCAUCACAGCUGACGGCUAAAACACUCCUUUAUCAUUGAGGCUUGGAGACAGGAUGGCCAGUUGUCAAGAAUUUAGAGUGGCUUGUGAUUGUACUCCACCUAUAUGAGUUUCACAAUUAUUCUCUAGAAGAAAGUUAGAAGAACAGUUACCCUGUUUGGUAGAUACAGAGUUGCUUGCCAUUACAAUCGCAUGUCUAGUAAAUAAGACCAGAAACAGUAACAAUUACUUAUAAUUUGCAAUUAAGAUUUUAAUGUACCUAUGUUAUGAUGAAUUAA